AAAUUAGGAAGUAGUUGGUUUUAGUUGAGUGGCUUUCUUCUUUCUCCUCCAUUUCAAUUUCAUCUUUGUGGCUUUUGCAGUGAAAAAACGAACACCAAAAUCCUCACGCCUCAGAAAAGGCGGCGAUUUCCAAGCUCCUUCUCCUCGUUUCCUCCGCCCCUUUCUCCCUUCUCUUCCCCUUUUUAUAUCUUUCUCUUCUUUUCCCUUUCUUUCAUUUUCCCAUCUCUUCUUUUUCCCAUUUCCCUCCUUCUUCUUUCUCCUACACAAUGUCCUUCUCUUCAUCACUCAAAAUCCUCCAACCCCUUCCUCUUAACUCCACCAGAUCCAAUGACAAACCCCUUCUCUUUGAUCCCUUUAGAUCCACCUCCAAGUUUCUUGGAUCUCGAUUUCGUCUCCCUUCUCUCUCUAAAUCCAAUACUCGUUGUCGAUCUUCCCCCACUGUUGCCGUUUCCGAUGUUGUCAAGGAGAAGAAGCUCAAACCCAGUUCCAAUUUGCUGAUUACAAAAGAAGAGGGUUUGGUACUCUAUGAGGACAUGAUAUUAGGCAGAGAAUUUGAGGAUAUGUGUGCACAGAUGUAUUACAGAGGCAAAAUGUUUGGUUUUGUUCACCUUUACAAUGGCCAAGAAGCUGUUUCCACUGGGUUCAUCAAGCUUCUUACACAGAGGGAUACUGUAGUAAGCACUUACCGUGAUCACGUUCAUGCUAUCAGUAAGGGAGUUCCAUCUCGUCAGGUCAUGAGUGAGCUUUUUGGAAAGACCACUGGGUGCUGCCGUGGCCAAGGUGGCUCAAUGCAUAUGUUCUCAAAAGAACAUAAUCUGAUAGGGGGCUUUGCCUUCAUUGGAGAAGGCAUACCAGUGGCCACUGGUGCUGCAUUCACAUCUAAAUACAAGAGAGAAGUUUUAAAAGAGACAGACUGUGAAGAUGUGACAUUGGCAUUUUUCGGGGAUGGAACUUGCAACAAUGGCCAGUUCUUCGAGUGCUUGAACAUGGCAGCUCUGUGGAAAUUGCCAAUCGUAUUUGUUGUGGAGAAUAAUCUUUGGGCAAUUGGAAUGUCCCAUUUGAGGGCUACUUCAGAUCCUGAGAUUUGGAAAAAAGGUCCUGCGUUUGGAAUGCCUGGUGUUCAUGUUGAUGGUAUGGAUGUUUUGAAGGUGAGAGAGGUUGCAAAGGAGGCAAUUGGAAGAGCCAGAAGAGGAGAAGGACCUACUCUCGUGGAAUGUGAAACCUAUAGGUUUAGAGGACACUCUCUGGCUGAUCCUGAUGAACUCCGUGACCCUGAUGAGAAGGCUCGUUAUGCUGCUAGAGAUCCCAUUGCAGCUUUGAAGAAGUACUUGCUGGAGAAUAAACUAGCCAAUGAACAGGAGCUAAAGGCAAUAAAGGAUAAGAUAGUUGAGGUGGUUGAGGAUGCAGUUCAAUUUGCAGAUGAAAGCCCCCUUCCAGCAAGAAGCCAGUUAUUAGAGAAUGUGUUUGCUGAUCCUAAAGGCUUUGGAAUUGGGCCUGAUGGAAAGUACAGAUGUGAGGAUCCCAAGUUCACAGAAGGAACUGCACAUGUCUAAACUUCACAAAGUUUGUUGUCUAUCCAAGUCUUUUUAUUUAUUUUAAUUUGUUUUCUUUCCUGUUUCUGUUGGGUUAUUUUCUGAUUAUUUGUAAUUGAAUGUUAAAUUAGCUUUUUUUCUUAAGCAACCAGGAAUUUCCUUCCUUUCUUCAGGUUAUCCUGUAGUUUUUUUUUUUCUUUUUCUUCUUUUUCUUUUUCCCAAUUUUGAUUUAGUGUAUGAUACAAACGUUCCUCUACUAAUCUAGUUAUGUGGGAGAUGGAAGCAUUGUUUAAUGCUUUACAUAUUAUGUUUUAA